AUGUCUGGUCCGGAUCGUCCAAAAACCAUGCUCGCAUGGCGGAAAGAGUACAAGAGUAAAGAGCCGAUGCGUGUUGAGGUACCAGUCCCUUCGGCCGCUGAAGAUGAACUCCUCAUAAAGGUGCACGCUGCUGGGGUUUGCCACAGCGAUAUAGCCAUCCUAGAAUCUACAGAACCACCCCCUGGAUUCCGACAUCUGGAUUCUUUUACUCUAGGCCAUGAGGGAUGUGGUGAAGUGGUUUUCACCGGUGCGAAGGUGACCAACUUCACCAUCGGCGACAUGGUUUCGAUCAUGAGCUUCGCAGGAUGUCUCGAACCCACCUGUGCGGAAUGCUCUAGAGGGUUUACGCAACUAUGUGCCGACGGUCAUCACUAUGGCCUUGACAUCGACGGCUCCUUUGCUCCAUAUAUUGCCAUCAGGGCAGCUGCAGCCAUCAAACUCCCGAAAGGGGUGAGCGCUGCAGCGGGCGCCGUUGCAACCGACGCAAUCACCACUGCGUACCACGCCGUUGUCGAAAGAGCACAGGUGAAGUGCAGAGAGACGAUCUUACUCUACGGUCUCGGCGGGUUGGGUUUCAAUGCGCUACAGAUCAUCUUGAGCUUAGGCGCAAGAAUCAUCGCCGUCGACAAAAGACAGGCCGUCCUGGAAGAAGCGAUCAAACUCGGGGUUCCACGUGAGGAUGUCGUUCCACCUGAUGCUAAGAGCGUCACAGAUUGGAUUCAAGAACGGCAGCUGGUCAUAGACAAGGUGGUGGACUUCCUAGGCCUUCCAGAGACAUUUGAGUCAGCUAUCCAGACAGGUUAG